AUGAUGAAUUUUAAGGACGAUGCUCCUGGAAAGAAAGACUUUGUUCUCUUAACAAGGAUGGAAAGUAUAACAUCAUACAAAAACCAACGUGGACAACCCACAUCUGGAUGUCAUGAGCAUGGGCGUGAUGCCUUCACUGCUGACUCCAUUGCAAUGUCCCAUGCAAUAUCUCUUGCCACUGAUAUGUGGGUCGUGAGGGUCGUUUUUUAA